AUGCAAUUCAACAACAGCUGAUGUGUGUGUCUGGAAAGUGCAACCCAUUCUAGGUGUGACUGUGUGAGGCUGUCUGUCUGCGAGGUGUACCUGGGGCUUCUUGGCUGAGAACAGGAGAAAACCGAGUGAACAGAACAAGGAUCUGAGCAUGGUUCAUGCUGCGGCUAUGGCUCAGGGGAAGAAGAGACCAGCGGUCCCCCCUCCUGAUGGGGGCUGGGGCUGGGUGAUCGUGGCCGGCUGCUUCAUGGUCACUGUUUGCACACGUGCCGUCACUAGAUGCAUCUCCAUCUUCUUUGUGGAGUUUCAGAUGCACUUUGGAGGGGACUAUUCAGGGACAGCCUGGAUCCACAGUCUGGUGGACUGCACCACUAUGCUGUGUGCUCCUCUAGGCAGCUUCAUUGGGAACCGUCUCUCGUGCCGCAUCGCUGUGAUCCUUGGGGGCUUCCUGUCCUCCAUCGGCCUGGUCCUCAGCUCUUUCGCUACCAGUCUGGAGUACCUGUACCUCACCCUGGGGGUCCUCACAGGUAUUGGGUUUUCUCUCUGUUACACCCCUGCCAUUGCCAUGGUGGGGUCAUAUUUCUGUGAGAGGAAAGCCCUGGCGUACGGGAUCGCCAUGUCAGGCAGUGGCAUCGGGACCUUCAUCCUGGCCCCUGUGGUCCAGCUGCUCAUAGAGCACUACUCCUGGCGCGGGGCCCUACUCAUCCUGGGCGGCGUUGUCUCCAAUCUGUGUGUCUGUGGGGCCUUACUGCGCCCUAUCACUUUGAAAGAAGAAGAGGAGGCCCAUGGUCCGGUCCCGUUGGAUACCGACUGUGGAUAUAGGGUCAAAGCUCAGGUGGUGAGCACGUUAGAGGAACCUCUGGCGAUUAACAACAGCAAAGACAGGCGCUGCUUCAAGUCUAUGCAGGAGUACCGCUUCCUGCUGAUGCCUGACUUCCUGAUGCUGGCGGUGAGCUUCUUGUUCCUAGCCAGCGGCUGCAGCCUGCCGUUCGUCUACCUUGUGCCCUACGCACUGGAUGUGGGCGUAAGCCACCACCAGGCCGCCUUCCUCAUGUCUAUCCUGGGGGUCAUAGACAUCGUGGGGAACAUCACCUUCGGCUGGCUCGUAGACAGGAGGUGCCUGAAGAAGUAUCGUAAUGUGUGCUACAUGAUCGCAGUGGGCAUGGAGGGACUUUGCUGCCUCUUCAUCCCUCUCCUGCGGACGUUCGCCCUGCUGGUGCCUUUCUCUGUGCUUUAUGGGUACUUCGAUGGCGCCUACGUGGCCCUUAUACCUGUGGUGACCUCAGACAUUGUGGGGACAACUAACCUCUCCUCCGCUCUGGGGAUUGUGUACUUCCUACAUGCCAUUCCUUACCUGCUCAGCCCUCCAAUAGGAGGCUGGCUAGUUGACACCACAGGCACCUAUACGGCCACCUUCUUCCUCAGUGGCUUUGCCCUCAUCUCCAGCUCCCUGGUCAUCAGCACAGUGACUGGGAUACGCCACUGUCGCAGGACCCAAAAGCACAGAAAAAACAGUAAAGACACAGACCCCAAACAGGAUCCUUGUCAAAGCAGCCGAUCAGAGUUCUACAUAGCCUCAAGUAAAGAUGUGAACCCUUCAAUCAACACAGCAAAUUCUUAACAUUGGACGUUUCUGCGUAGUUUUGCAUUUGUUUUGUUGGAAUACCAAAGUAUGUUGAAGAUGAUGAGAAACGAUGGUCAAUUGGUACACAUAAUCUAGCGUGAUAGUUCAGGAUUGGGAUUGAUUUUCCUCAGAAUGAGCCAUUAUAAACUGACACUAAAUGGAAUGUAAAGAAUUCUGCCGGAACCAGAACAGCUUCAGCUGAAAUAUGGAAUUUUCCUUAUGACCUCUCUAUCAAAGCUGUGAUAUUAUUGCCCAUUUUAUGUGCCCUUCUCUUUCAGGGUUUCCAUGUCUGUCAAUCCAAAUGUAACGGAAGAAGUUGAUCAAUUUCAAUAUCUGAAUAUUCAGACAGGGUGUUUGUAAUAGAUUAUUUCUGAAGACAAUAGUUUUCCAGUUGUUUCGUAAAUACUUUAUAUCGACAUGGGAGGUCAGUCAUAGUCUUUCACUCCUUUGUGAAUGACUAUGAUCUAUUGAAAUGAAUGAUAAUGGAAACUUCCUUAAGACUGGAACGUAGAAGUUAAUAAUGAAUUAGUCAUUAUUCAUUUAUAAAGGUAUAUACAUUUUCAUACCAAUUUCCUAUACAAUAAUUGAUGACAUUAAAAGACAGGAUGAUUUGCUUUAUAUGUGUACACCAAAUGUAUAGUUUUGUAAAGAUAUACAAAAUGUAUUAUUACAUUGCCACUUGUUACUUUGUAGUUACACCAGAAGGCUAGGAGGACAAUUAUCUUGUUCUAUAUUAGAACAACCCUUGUCUGACCUUUCUGAGCUUAACGUAAAAGCUAUAGGCCAUCUCAGCCAUAUGACAUCAUAACACACAUAACACACACAUGGAUCCACUUAGAAAAAAGGUGUUAUCUACACUGAAAAAAAUAUAUAAACACAACAUGUAAAGUGUUGGUUCUAUGUUCCAUACUCACAAAAAAAGCUUAUUUCUCUCAAAUGUACAUUCCUGUUUGUAAGCAAUUCUCCUUUGCCAACAUAAUCCAUCAACUUGACAGGUGAGGCAUAUCAGGAAAGGGGGAUACCUAGUCAGUUGUACAACUGAAUGCAUUCAACUGAAAAGUGUCUUCCGCAUAUAAUCCAACCCCUCAAGAGGCUGAUUGAACAGUGUGAUCCUUACAUAGGUGCACCUUGUGUUGGAGACAAUAAAAGUCCACUAUAAAAUGUG